AUAAGCAGUCAGAUAUUUACAAAUACUGCAAAAGUACCAACAUCAUGAGUUUCCAAGACAAAGUAGUGAUUGUGACCGGCGCUAGUUCUGGCAUUGGUGCUGCUAUUGGCAUCAAGUUUGCAGAAGAAGGAGCUAAAGUAGCCUUAGUGGGCAGAAACCAGGAGAAACUGAACAACGUUGCGAAGAAAUGCGGAAAUCCCUUAAUUAUUGCUGCUGACGUUUCUAAAGAUGAAGACGCCAAAAGAAUUAUUGAUGAAACUGUAAAACGUUUUGGGAAGAUUGAUAUUUUAGUGAACAAUGCUGGUAUAGGAGGUAACACAAACAUUCAGGAAGAGGGUGUUAUCGAAGUCUUUGAUAAAGUUAUGGCUACAAAUCUACGUUCAGUAGUUGUCUUGACACACCUCGCUGCACCACAUCUAGUGAAAACAAGAGGUAAUAUUGUGAAUAUAUCAAGCGUCGCUAGUGUGAGAGUUAUUCCUGGAGCCUUCGGGUAUAGUGCUUCUAAGGCUGGACUAGAUCACUUCACUAGAGCUGUGGCACUUGAACUAGCCCCACUCGGUGUUCGUGUCAACGUGAUCAACCCAGGACCUGUACGAACAGAUUUUAUUGGUAAUAUGGGAGCUACUAAAGACAUAGAGGAUGCUACUUUUACCAGGAUGCAAGAAUUGACUGCUUUAAACCGUGUCUCUGAUUCUGAUGAAAUAGCUGAUCUGGUUUUGUUCAUAGCGAGUGAUAAAGCACAGGCUAUCACUGGUUCGUCCUUCGUUAGUGAUAAUGGAAUGAUAUUGAAAUGUUAAAUAAUGUUUUUUGACCAAAUAUACAUUUUUAAAAGCAA